GCCAAACAAUGUCACCUUGGCAAGAAAAUAUCAGUUGGGCGAUAUUACCAAAAAUUUGUAAAGUAAAAUUUUAGUUAUAUAAAUCUUUUACAAAUUUUGUUUUACAAAUUUAUAUACUUUGGGAAUUUAGAAAAAUUUGCGAAGGGCUUUGGAAGAUGACUGAACAAAAACAACGGUUUAUUGAGCGGGGUGCCCAUAAGGGCAAGGGUAUAGCUAUUUUUACCAGUGGGGGUGAUUCCCAAGGUAUGAAUGCAGCCGUUCGAGCCGCUGUCAGAAUGGCAAUUUACCUCGGUUGUAAGGUUUAUUUCAUAAAAGAAGGCUAUCAAGGAAUGGUUGAUGGCGGUGAUAAUAUUGUUGAAGCGAAUUGGGCAUCAGUUUCAAGUAUCAUACAUCGUGGUGGAACAGUGAUUGGAUCUGCUCGUUGUGCUGAUUUUAGAAAUCGGGAAGGUCGCCUUAAAGCUGCGCAUAACCUAAUUCUUAAAGGGAUAACUAAUUUGGUAGUGAUUGGUGGUGAUGGCUCCUUGACUGGUGCCAACUUAUUCCGACAAGAAUGGAGUAGUUUGUUAGAUGAACUUCUAAAAACUGAGAAGAUUAACGCGGAACAAAGAAAAAAGUUUGGAGUACUUCAUAUUGUUGGAAUGGUCGGUUCUAUUGAUAACGAUUUUUGUGGAACAGAUAUGACUAUAGGUACAGAUUCAGCUUUACAUCGUAUAAUUGAAGCUAUUGAUGCAAUUGUUAGUACAGCAUAUUCACAUCAAAGAACUUUUAUUAUGGAAGUAAUGGGCAGACAUUGCGGAUACUUACCAGUUGUUACUGGUAUUGUAUCAGAAGCAGAUUAUGUAUUUUGUCCAGAAUCGCCUCCACCAUACGAUUGGCACGACAAACUUUGCAAUAAAUUAAUUCAGGAAAGAAAUGCUGGUCAACGUUUAAAUAUUAUCAUUGUGGCUGAAGGCGCUAUUGAUCGUGAGGGCCAUCCAAUAACAGCAGAAGAUGUUAAGAAGGUUGUUGUCGAUAAAUUACAACAAGAUACUCGUAUAACUGUAUUAGGUCAUGUUCAACGUGGUGGUAACCCAAGUGCAUUUGACCGCAUUUUGGGUUGUCGUAUGGGUGCAGAAGCUGUAUUGGCUUUAAUGGAAGCUACUGAGGAAAGUGUUCCAUGUGUUGUAUCUUUGGAUGGUAAUCAAUCAGUACGUGUUCCUUUGAUGGAGUGUGUAGAACGUACUAAAGCAGUUGCAAAAGCUAUGGCAGAGAAAAAUUGGGAAUUAGCUGUCAAAUUGCGAGGACGAUCAUUUGAAAGAAAUCUUGAAACAUAUAAAAUGUUAACUCGUCUAAAACCACCCAAAGAAGCUUUUGAUGCAUCUGGAAAACCAUCAGAAGGAUAUAGACUAGCAGUUAUGCAUAUUGGUGCUCCAGCAUGUGGUAUGAAUGCUGCUGUUCGUUCAUUUGUUAGAAAUUGCAUAUAUCGAGGUGAUACUGUACUUGGUGUUCACGAUGGUGUUGAGGGUUUAAUUGCUGGAAAUAUUAAAGAAAUGGGAUGGUCUGAUGUAACUGGUUGGGUAGGCCAGGGUGGUGCAUUUUUAGGGACAAAACGUACCUUACCAGAAGGCAAAUUUAAAGAGAUUGCAGCUCGUUUGAAAGAAUUUAAAAUCGAUGGAAUGUUGAUCAUUGGCGGUUUUGAAGCAUAUCAUGCUUGCGGACAAAUUUCUGAUCAACGCCCCAACUUCCCUGAAUUUUGUAUACCAUUAGUUGUUAUACCAUCAACCAUAUCAAACAAUGUACCUGGAACUGAAUUUUCGUUGGGCUGUGAUACUGGUUUAAAUGAAAUUACAGAAAUUUGCGAUCGUAUUCGCCAAUCAGCACAAGGCACAAAACGUCGUGUUUUUGUGAUUGAAACUAUGGGCGGUUACUGCGGUUAUUUAGCAACAUUAGCAGGUCUAGCGGGAGGUGCUGAUGCAGCGUAUAUUUUUGAAGAGAAAUUUUCUAUUAAAGAUUUACAACAGGAUGUAUAUCAUAUGGCGUCAAAAAUGGCGGAAGGUGUACAACGUGGUUUGAUUUUGCGUAAUGAAAAAGCAUCCGAAAAUUACAACACUGACUUUAUUCAUCGUUUAUAUUCUGAAGAAGGUAAAGGUCUAUUCUCGUGCAGAAUGAAUAUUUUGGGCCAUAUGCAACAAGGUGGCUCACCAACCCCAUUUGAUCGUAAUAUGGGUACUAAAAUGGCAGCAAAAUGUGUUGAUUGGUUAGUAGAUCAAUUAAAGAAAAAUACUAAACCAGAUGGAACUAUUAGAUGCGACAGUAAUGAUUCAGCCUGUCUUUUGGGUGUAGUACGGCGGCAGUACAGAUUUACUCCGUUAACUGAUUUAAUUGCAGAAACUAAUUUUGAGCAACGCAUACCCAAAACUCAAUGGUGGCUCAAACUUCGCCCACUUCUAAGAAUUCUCGCCAAGCACGAUUCAGUGUAUGAAGAAGAAGGUAUGUACAUAACUGUUGAAGAAGAAUGUGGUCAUGAUGCUACCGUAGCUUAAAUUUUAAGUGCAUCGUAUUUAUAUAAAUACAUAUUCAACCAAAUAUUUGUUUACAAUGAAUAUAAUAAUAUUGCUCUUUUUUUAUGUAAUUUUUGAGAACUGUAAACUUUUAUCUAAAGUUCAUAAACAUUAUGUGUAUAAAACAUUGAUACAAAAAAUAAUUAGUGACAUGUAAAGUAACUUUUGAAGCAUUAUAGACAUUUAUUAUUGCAUAAUAAUAUAUUAGCUAAAAGGAAUUUUGAAUAAAAAAUAUUCAGGUAAUAUGUACAUAUUACACAUCACUACAUACAUACAUAAACUAUUUUUAAUUAUAAAGUGAAAAGUCGAAAAUAUAUAUUUCUAUGUUAUAUAAAAGUUGAAUUAUGUAUGAAAGAUUUUCAUUAAUAAAGAUAAAAUAUAAUUUUUUAAAAAUUUGUUAAAACAAUAAUAUAUUUUUGAUCAUAUUAUAGUUUAAUUAAAACAUAAUGAUUGCACAUCAAUGUUGCUUAUAUUUUUUUUUCAAAAAUUUAUUUGAAUAGAUUUUCAUUUUUGAGCUUACUUUUUUGUAACUCAAUUUUACAUACAUACAUAAUUUUACAUUCUUCUUUUUAUUUUGUUAUUUAUUUUUUAGUUGUAGUUAUUAAAAUUUAUUUUUUUAAAUCAAAA